GCCCAAGGCUCUUGGCUCAAAGCUCGUGGCUGAAGGGCCGCUUACGGCUCCUACCUAUUUGACCCAAACAUGCCCUUCACCGUAUGCUUUACCUCCGGAAUCGCCCGGGAUUGCCUUGACUCCGGGUUCAGUCCGGUAUGGUGCUGAUUCGGGAGCGCGUGUGCGGGAUGAUGGAUUCUGGGACGAAGAAGUAUGGUUCACCGAGAAAGUAGGCCAGAGACGUACGGCCCCGUGCGAACGAGCAUUAACCUCAGCAGAUCGACCUCGACAUGGCGCCUGCUCAGGGAGCCUCGCCGAGGAGCGCCUCAGGUAUUUCAUCUUCGGUCAUGCCUUCUUCGGGGUUAUCUGUGGCUGGGGACGUGAACGUUUCCCCCACGCUGGGACAGAUCCAGACGAUGAUGGAGCAGAUGAUGACGCGCAUGACGACGAUGACGAACUCGAUGAAGACAUAUCUCACCAAACGGUUCGACGAGCAGAUCGGAGACAUCAGGGACCAGAUCGCGAACAACAAGGACGAAAUCCACAGGGGGGGCUCCCUUGCCAGCGGGGCUCAGGAAGGUCUGGGUCGACCAGGACAGCAACACGGUGCGCCAGGAGAAAGUUGAGCAGAUGGAGCGGACCGCUAUCUUCAAGGGAUUCCCAAAAAGGUGCCAAUGGGAACAACAUUGUGGGAUUCAUCCUUGCGAACAUGGGGUCGCACAGGAUCGAAGUAGACGGUAAAUCAUACAGUACGAGGAUAUGGGGGGAGAGAGGUUCAAGUCGAUCCAAUACCAAGGAGGCGAUGGAGAGUUUCGUCAAGGCGGCCAGGAGCACCGACAGGAUUCUUUAGGAACGCGCCGAUCAGCAUAGACCCCGAUCGUGGAACUGUCUUCGGCGCUAGGGUCCGCUGUUUGGCAAUAUUCAAGAUUGUCUUGGUUAAGAAAAGCCUGGACGAAGCCUCCGUCGCAUGGGAGUGCUGGUGGUGAAUGACACGCGGAUUGGCGAAUUGAAGGGGGAGGGCGUAUUUGCCCAGAUCGAGAUCAACCGCCAGAACGUGGACAGCAUGGGUUUGAAAUUCAACGGCAAGGUCAUGCAGUUGGAUGUCGCCCGGGCGUUGCGCGAGUGACCCUCGUCUCGGUCCUGUGCUCUCUGUGCUCUCUCUCUCUCUCUCUCUGUCCUGUCGCUGCUCCCUCCCCGCCCCUUCGCCCCUCUCGCCUCUCUCCUUCGGCACUUCCUUUCGCUGGUGGUUUCUCUGGGUGCCCAUGGAACGCCCGGGCAUUUUUCUAUAGCAAGCCAAGCCGGCAGCGUCGCAGGCACAAGUUUGUAGAGCUUAAGAGUUGAGCUCGUGGGGUUGCAAGAGGUGCAUGGCACCACUGACCGCGAGCACUCGGGCUUUCUGGUCCCACGUCAACCAGGCUCUGGCGGGGGGGUCCCAUUUCCAUCACUGGCAACCCCAUAUCCCGAUUUGAUUCGCACACGGUCCAUGUAGUAGAAGACGGCCGGGCCGCAGUUCUAUGUCUUCGCGGGCGUUUUGGUGGCCUGGACGUUUGGGCCGUCCAUCUCGACGCCCACUUUCGACUUGCACGCGCCAG